UCAUUGUUGACAGUACAUAAUGCCACCAAAUACACAUGAAAAGUUGAAAAAUCGAAUCAUUAUGAAAAUGUCGCACCUAAAUUGAUUUUAAACUUUGGCAUUUCAAGCAUAAAUAAAUUAUAUUUCAUCUUGUUUUUAUUGAAAGUAAGUGUGUGCAAAUACGAAAAUGGUGCUGGACAAUUAAUUGUCUAGUUUUUUAAUUGUUAAAUAGUCAUUGGUUUAGUGGCUGGAGCAUCGCAAAAAAAUCCAGGUGCAAAUAACAAAUAGGAAACGGAAAACGAAUAAAAAUAUAAUAUUCACAAUAAUGGCUGCAAUGUUUAAGUUCUAGAGUUACGCGCCCAACCAAAGUAAAAAGCUCGUGGGGAAAAAUGCCAGAAAAACGGAAUACGCCUCAUGAACUGCGUGUCUACAAGAUUGUGAUACUUGGAGACGGUGGUGUUGGUAAAUCGGCUGUAACUUUGCAAUUCGUAAGUCAUAGCUUUACGGACUAUCACGACCCAACCAUCGAGGACUCCUAUCAGCAACAAGCAGUGAUUGAUGGCGAUGCCGCGUUACUGGACAUACUCGACACUGCUGGCCAGGUUGAGUUUACAGCCAUGCGUGAUCAGUAUAUGCGUUGCGGUGAAGGUUUCAUAAUAUGCUACUCAGUGACGGAUCGACAUAGCUUUCAAGAGGCAUCCGAGUAUCGUAAACUAAUACAACGCGUACGACUAUCCGAAGACAUACCAUUAGUACUAAUAGCAAACAAAAUAGACUUGGUGUUAGCACGAAAGCAGGUAACCACUGAGGAGGGCAAAAAUUUGGCAAAUCAGUUUGGCUGUCCGUUCUUUGAGACUUCCGCAUGCGAACGACACUGCAUUGACGAACCAUUCUACACGCUCGUACGCGAAAUACGUCGCAAAGAGGCACAAGGCAGUGGCACAAGUUCAGAAAAGUUACACUCUCGUCGACGCAGCCGCUGGUGGCGUAUACGCUCAAUAUUCGCUUUGGUCUUUCGACGCCGUAGAAAUCUGAAUUAAGCAUGCGUCUAAAUAAAAUAAUAGCUAACGUUGCGAAGUAAAGUAUAUAAUCAAAUUGGAUUUAUUAAAAACGCACACAACAAAUCGGUAGUGAUAUUUGGCCUGCAACUGAGAGGGUUGUACAUGCAACACAAAAUUUUCGUUUUAUACUAACAACAAUAACAAAAGCAUUUAAAUCAGCGAACUUUUCUACUGCUCAAAUCAACUUAUACUAAGUUCUUUGCCACUUCUAAUAAGGUAUGUAACUACUUGUGCGCCGUCAAAGUGUAUGCCAAUUUGCUGCGUAUAGCCAAGCUAUGACUCAAUAUAGAUUAUCUUAAUUUAUUUUUUUGCGCCUGUAUUUAAUUCUUUUUUUACAUGCAAAGUGAACUUUCUUAUAGUUUUUGGUUCGCGUCAUUAUUUUAUAACGGUUUGCUCAAAUGUCAAAGGUGCAAAGACAGUGAAAAAUUCGGUGUGAUUUUAUUUUUUGUGUUUUUGUUUUGCCUAAAUGGGAAGAAAAUCGUGUGAGUACGAAAGCUCGUGUGAUAGAUUUGUACGCUAAAAAGUGAAAAAAGAAAACUAUUUGAAGAAUUUAUUCACAUAUAAAACGGAAGAGUGCGUAAUUUUCAAAAAUAUCUCUUAAAACAGCAAUAAACUACUUUUCAACCUGUCCCUCAAAUACGUAUGUAUGUGUAUAAUAUGUAUUACAUACAUAUAGAAUUGUAUAUAAAUACAAAAUAAAUGCUAGAGCAUGCAACAUGACAACUAAUAAAUUAUAAAUAUUAUACAGGAAGUAACAUAAAAUUACAAAUUCUUAACAUUUUACUCCAAUAAUUCAAUAAAUCUUUAAUAGCAAAUAUUUACUAUACUUCCGUAAAGCAGUUAGGUGGCUUAAUACAAUAUACAAAUACAAAAAACAAAUAGUGAAUAUGUUAAGUAUGUGAAACAAUAACUAACUAGUUAAUUUAAAUAGAACUUGUUAAUUUUAUGCAAAUACAAACACUUGAUAGCUCUGAAACUCUUAUCCCAAAAAGUGAUAAACAAACUAUUGAAUGCGCCUAACAGCGCAAAUUCUAAUAUGGGCCAUAUUCUGUAAUUAUAAGGAUUUGUUGAAAAAAUGUACUAUACUAACAGUCUGCAAAAAAAAUUCCCCCUACAUAUUGUACUACUACUAUUAAAAAUUGUUACAGAUGUGUUAACUAGUUGAAAAUUUACAUGUAAAAUGUACUCAACAUAAAUAGUUGAUUUUGAAUUUUGAAUUCAAAAUACAUAAGUCAAACUAUAUAAAUAUAGUUGACAAAAUAUAGCUGAGUUAUAUAUAUAUAGCAUUAAUUUGAAAAAGCUUUAAUAUAUUUAUAUUUAUUAUUUUAUUUUUAUUGUUAAAUAAUAUGUAAUUUAUUUUAUUUGUUUUUAUUUAUGAAAUGUGUAAAUAUAUAUCUUAUUGUACCUGGGUGAAAUAAUAUUACUUUUACAAGCACAAAAGAUUACACAAACACUCGGGUAUCAUGUUCCAAUAAAAAUUAUAGCAUAACAAUAAAUAACAAGAUUAUAGCAGACAUUGAUAUGGUCAAAUACUAACUACAUAAAAAAUUGAAACUAUAAGUUCCUUUGUUGUUGAAUGGUUUAUUUAAAUUUAUAUUUAUUGAUUGUAUAAUUAAUUAAUUUAUUUUUUUAUUUUUAUAGAAGUAAGUUUAGUUUUAAUUGACUUUGUGUAUAUGUUUCACAAUUGAUGCUUGAAAGUUGUUAACUUGUGUUUUGUACAGAAGCAUAUUAUUUGAACUCCGAGAGAUAAAAACAAUUUAAAUAUAUACGACUAUUUUUUGUUAUAAACACAAAUACAUAUAUGUAUUUAUUUUUAUUGUUUAAAUUUUGUUAUUUUUAUUUUACUGUGUACUGUGUACAAAUUUAUUUCAUAUAAUUCAGUUAAUAAUAAUUAAGUUUAAAUAUAUAAAUUAUACAAUUAAAUUAUUGAUGAAAGUAAAUGUUUAAAAAUCCAAAAAUUAAAUAAUAUUAUACUUUAUGUCUCCUAAUAUCAUUACAAAAUAAAUCAGAAUAUUGCGAAA